AUGGACACAGACUUGAUCAACAGGAUCUUGUUCCCGGAUGACGAGGAAAAAAUCGACGACGACGAUCCGCGCUUAUUAUCCUACAGUGACACGCCCGGUGAAGUCCGGACAAAGAUCCGCACAUGGAUUGAGUCUGGCGCCCAGACGGAAGCCGACUUCCAAAAGACCAUCGGAGUUGAUCCUACAGAGUAUUCGUCAUUCUUGGGUUACUUAACCUCCCCUGACCCAGCGAGAGAUGUUCACAAGAAGGCCUCGUUGUUUUUCCACAAACGAGAGCUGCAAGGCCUGCCCAUCGAAAUCCCCGAGAGAAACAAGAUAAAGCCAGAAGCGAGCAAAAAGAAGAAGCCGACCAAGAGUGCCGCCAAGGGUAAAUCCGAUUCCAUGGAGCGUCUUCUUGAUACAGGCGACUACAUUCUUCCUGGAGAGAUAGAAGGAGAUGUCGACAUUUUCGAAACGCCCAGGGAGGUGCGACGAAAAAUGCGAGCUCUCCUGGCUAAAGGGGUGACGCAGGCAGCCUUUGCGCGAGCCCUGAGUGAGAUGCUCCCAGAGGGUUCUGGCACUCUCAACCCACAGACAAUGAAGGCAUUCCUAGCACAUAAAGGUGUGAUGGAUGGCAACACCAGCAAAGCAUUCUACUGCGGGUAUGUGUUCUUCGAGAAGCAGCGGCUUCGAGAUAACAAGCCUAUGAGUAAGCACAGGGAGACCAUGGAAGAACUCCAUCCUACGGGGGUUGACACUACUCAUAACCCGAAAACCACUCGUUAUAUUGUUUCUUCGGCAACACGAAGUCUCGGCUACGAUCAAUAUGGUGUCAUGCACUCUUCUCGUUCUUAG